GUCAUGUGACCAAGUCUCAGGUGACAGUCAGCUGAAGUAGUGAUGGCUGUGCUUGGUGCAUUGAGGGGACUUGUCCCCGCGCUUGCUACUCUGAUUAUAUUACUUGCUUUGGUACCGGUGCCAGUUACAUGUGCUCAGUAUGUGCUGGAUGACCGGGGAGGAUUGGGUCGUAUGUUUGAUGGAAUCGGGGCUGUGAGCGGCGGAGGGGCUACUUCUCGUCUGCUUGUAAAUUACCCAGAACCUUACAGGAGCCAAAUACUUGACUAUUUAUUUAAGCCUAAUUUUGGAGCGUCUUUGCAUAUCCUUAAAGUAGAGAUUGGAGGUGAUGCCCAGACAACAGAUGGCACAGAGCCUUCCCAUAUGCAUUAUGAAGAUGACCAGAACUUCUUCCGCGGUUAUGAGUGGUGGCUGAUGAAAGAGGCAAAAAAGAGAAACCCAAAUAUUAAACUUAUAGGUUUGCCUUGGUCAUUUCCUGGAUGGAUUGGUCGCGGCAAGAGCUGGCCUUAUGAUUUCCCUGAUGUAACUGUUCACUAUGUGGUUUCUUGGAUUAUUGGUGCCAAACAGUAUCAUGAUUUAGAUAUUGAUUAUGUUGGGAUCUGGAAUGAAAGAUCAUUUGAUGUCACAUAUAUAAAGCUUUUGCGCUACACACUGGAUAAGAGAGGUUUGGGCCGAGUGGGUAUCAUAGCCAGUGAUAACCUGUGGGAGCCAAUUUCCUUUCACAUGCUGCAUGAUCCUGAGCUUCUAAGAGUGGUCGAUGCAAUAGGUGCCCACUAUCCAGGAACCUACACUGUGCAGGAUGCCCUUAAGACGGGGAAGAAGCUUUGGGCUUCAGAAGAUUAUAGCACUUAUAAUAAUGAAGUUGGGGGAGGCUGCUGGGCACGGCUUCUCAACCAGAAUUAUGUAAAUGGAAACAUGACUUCAACCAUCUCAUGGAAUUUGGUUGCCAGCUAUUAUGAACAGUUGCCCUUUGGCCUGGAAGGGCUGAUGACGGCCAAAGAACCAUGGAGCGGAAACUAUGUUGUGUCCCCACCAAUCUGGAUCACCGCACACACUACACAGUUCACACAGCCUGGCUGGGUCUACCUUCGCACGGUUGGUCAUUUGGAAAAAGGUGGUAGCUACGUGGCACUGACUGACAGACAAGGAAACCUCACGAUUAUUAUUGAAACCAUGUCCCAUAACCACUCCAUCUGCAUCCGUCCACCUCUUCCAGCCUUCAAUGUCUCUGCUCAGAAUGCCACAUUCUACCUCGGGGGCUCUUUUGAUAAACUGAAAACCCUACAGGUUUGGCAUUCAAAACUGAACAUCAAUUCCAGCAAGCCUGUGUUUUUUGGAAAGCUCUCACCUGUAACGGUUCAAAAUGGUUCCUUCACCUUGGAGCUAGGUGUGGAUGAAGUUUACACUUUAACAACCAUCACAACUGGUCAAAAAGGUUCCUACCCUGACCCUCCACAGUCUCAGCCCUUUCCACGGAAAUACAAGGAUGACUUUAAUGUCCGAAACCCUCCAUUCACAGAAGCCCCUUACUUUGCAGACCAGUCAGGUGUGUUUGAAUAUUUCAUAAAUACAGCUGACCUUGGAAAUCACACAUUUACAUUUCGCCAAGUCGUAAAUCAGCGUCCUAUUACCUGGGUGAAUGACCCCGAUCAAGCUAUUAGUUUUAUUGGAGAUUUCACAUGGUCCAAUGUUACAGUAACCUGUGAUAUCUACAUCGAGACUCCAGAAACUGGUGGUGUGUUUAUUGCUGCUAGAGUGGACCAAGGUGGAUCCCCCAGUCGACUGGCAAAGGGGAUCUUCUUUUGGGUAUUUGCAGAUGGUACUUAUAAGGUCACUGGGGAUUUGUGUGGAAAGAUUGUGCUCAGUAAGGGCCAGUCGGGCGUUCGUGCAGAGAGGUGGCACACACUCACCUUGAUUGUUGAUGGUAUAUAUGCUUCUGGGCUAGUAAACGGACAACAGUUAUGGAAGGAUGUAAUCACUAUCGGACCUUUACACGGCUGGACUGCCAUAGGAACAAGCUCCUUUGAAUUUGCCCAGUUUGAUAACUUUAUGAUAGAAGCCAAAUAACAUAAAACACAUUUUCUACUGCAAUUCAUCCUGUGAAACUUGCAAUUAACAGACCCAUCAGGAGCAAGAGUAAUGCUAGGGUGUGCUGACUUGUGAUUAGGUGCCAAUACUGGUAGAUGUGCCAGCUUAUCAGAACACACAGAACAUUCUGUAAUAAGGGCUUAAAGGGACAUUCAUUAUUUCUUGCCUUUGUGUAAAUAUUGUGCCGUGUCCCACGCUCCAUAGCAUCCAAAAAGCAAAAGCUGGAACCUAGAUUUUCAAAAUGCAGAAAAUCACCUAAAUCGGUUAUUUCCAGGUUACAGAAUUUGAGUUUUGGCCUUUUAGAGAGCUUGGGACAAGAACACUUUUUUAAAUAAAAUCAAGACGUGUUUAAAGUAGUUUCAAAUGUACAGAAAAAAAUGUGUACUGUACCAUACUGAUCUACUUUGUAUGCUUUAUUUAAGAGGAAGGAUCAGGUGACUCUUAAACUUUCUAA